UUGCCGUACCAUCACAUGUGGUCACAAUCAAAGAUCUCAAAUGUUUACUACAGGCUAAUUGUCUAUACAAUGCCGACACCGAGAUGGUUUUGCUUCAAUAUAUACAUAGUCACAAUUCCAGCGCCAUAUUGUGUCCUGAUGAAUUAAUAUUCCGACGAGCUGAUUAUGAUAUUUUUAUUAGUCCGAGAUGUGAUCUGAUUCGCAAUCAUCAUUCAUCGGGUCUGAGUGAAGAGUCGAACCGAAAGUGUCGUGAAUUGUGUGAAGAGAUGUCGGCUCUGAAGGCAAGCAAUGAGUCCGAAGUGAAGGCAUUGAAAGCACAGCUCAAGUCAGUCAUGGAUUCAAUGCAGACAAUGGCUCAAGAGAUUAAUGAUUUGAAUCAAAAAUUGUCGACUUGUGAUAAUAGUGAACAGAUGUCAGCCAUGAAAGCGAGUAAUGAGUGCGAAAUGAAAACAUUGAGGGCACAGAUCAACACAUCUGGAGAUUCAAUGCAGACAAUGGCCGAAGAUAUCAAUGAUUUACAGCAAAAGUUGUCGACUUUAGAUAAA